GCAGAGUGUGUUAAUAACAGAGAUGAGCUCGUUACAGGCGCAGAUCUCCGCGAUCAUGGACGUGCUGGCGAAGGCGGCGGUGGCGGAGAUCAGUCAGCUGCUGGAGGAAGACGCUGCUGCUCUUCAUCAGGAGAUCCGGAGGAGGAACGAGGAGAUCCGGGGACUGAAGAACCGACUGCUGCUCACCGAGGCUCAGCUCCAGCGAGCCACGGACAGAUGCUCCAUCGGUGUACAGGUGCAGCUCACGGACACGAGAGUAUCGGCUCAUUCGGUCGAUCUCAGUCAGGAGAAGGUGUUUCCCUCGGAGGAGAAGCCUCAUUAUUCCCACACGCUGGCGCUGAAGCGAGAAGAUCCCGUCACGUGCUCCGCAGAGCCGGAGGAAGAGGAGCUCAGCGGCCUGGAGUUUGAGAUGAAGAUCGAGCAGGUGGAGGAGAGCCAACACCACCGUGACGAUGGAAACGCUCAUCCGUGGAGUUCAAAAGCGCUUGACGAUCCGGAGAUCCGUCUGAUUGAGUCGGAGCAGCAAUCCCAGACUUUUCCAGAUCCGUACGUGAUGACAGAGGAUCCCACGGUCGCUCAGUCUUCCUCCGGUCUGUUCUCGCUCUCUCACGAGAACGAGAGCUUCGGCGCUUCUGGAGACAUCGAGUACGGACUGAAUCCUCAGUCGAGCUUGUGUCUGGCUAAAACACUCUCGCAGCAUCCGUACCAGGAAAGCCAUCCGCAUCCCAAACCGUUCCGCUGCGAGGAGUGCGGCACGGGCUUCACGCAACGGACGCGUCUGAUCACACACAGACGAAUUCACACGGGCGAGAAACCCUUCCGCUGUCAGCUGUGCGGGAAAACCUUUUCCAGACAGGACAACUGUCUCCGACACAUGCGUCUGCACAGCGAACAGAGACGAAGAGAGCCGCUCUGAACGCUCUUCUCAUGUCUCAAAGUGAGAUUUCUUCAUGUUGUAACUGACCUGUAAAUGUAUUUUGCAUUUAUGCAUUAUGGCCUGUAUGAUACAUUCCUUAAUAAAGCAAGAAACAGUGAAUUUCUAA